UUAGAGUUCUUUUAAUAAAACCGCGCUCGUUGUCAACUACAAUCCAAAAUAGCUUCCAGUUUAAGCUACUCAAGCUCAAGCUCUUCUUGUCUUCUCAGCUCUGCCUCUCUGCAUAUAAUCAUCGAUCACUUAUUUUAUCUCAAAAAUAUUAAGACAUAGCUCGAUCUCACAUUCACCUUUCAGGGGUCUUUAACAAUGGCAAGUGAGGACUUGAAAUCCCAAGUCCCGGUUGAAGAAAAUGGGACUAAAGAAGAAGAGAAAAAUGGGAAUUUAGAGGCUUCGGUCAGCAAGGAAAACGGUGAAUCUUCUGAUGUUUUUUCAGUAAUACAAGAAGAAGAAGGAGAAGAAGAGGAAGGAGAGACCAAAGAAGCUACAAAGAAAAAGAAGAAGAAAAACAAAAGCAAGAGGAAAAAGGAAUUGGCAAAGCAGACUGAUCCACCCACUAUUCCUGUCGUGGAUCUUUUCCCUUCUGGGGAGUUUCCUGAAGGUGAAAUCCAGCAAUACAAAGACGAUAAUUUGUGGAGGACUACAUCUGAAGAGAAAAGAGCAUUGGAACGUCUUGAACACCCAAUGUACAAUUCAGUUCGCCAGGCAGCGGAAGUUCAUCGCCAGGUUCGGAAGUAUAUGAAAAGCAUUUUGAAGCCUGGAAUGUUAAUGACUGAUCUCUGUGAAACCUUGGAGAACACUGUUCGUAAGCUAAUAUCAGAGAAUGGUCUGCAAGCUGGCAUUGCAUUUCCUACUGGAUGCUCUCUGAACUGUGUUGCUGCUCAUUGGACCCCAAAUACAGGGGAUAAGACUGUGCUUCAGUAUGAUGAUGUGAUGAAAUUGGAUUUUGGGACCCAUAUAGAUGGACGUAUUGUGGACUGUGCAUUUACAGUGGCAUUCAACCCUAUGUUUGAUCCACUACUUGAAGCUUCACGCGAGGCAACCAACACGGGUAUCAAGGAAUCAGGGAUUGAUGUGCGUCUAUGUGAUGUUGGUGCUGCCAUCCAAGAGGUCAUGGAAUCAUACGAGGUUGAAAUUAAUGGAAAGGUGUUUCAAGUUAAGAGCAUCCGUAACUUGAAUGGGCACAGCAUUGGCCCCUACCAGAUUCAUGCUGGAAAAUCUGUUCCCAUUGUUAAAGGAGGGGAACAGACAAAAAUGGAAGAGGGUGAAUUUUUUGCAAUUGAAACAUUUGCAUCUACAGGGAAAGGAUAUGUAAGAGAAGAUCUAGAGUGCAGCCAUUACACGAAAGAUUUUGAUGUUGGCCAUAUCCCAUUGAGGUUGCCAAGAGCAAAGCAACUGCUAGCAACAAUCAAUAAGAACUUCUCCACAUUAGCCUUUUGUAGAAGGUAUUUAGAUCGCUUGGGCGAGACUAAAUAUUUAAUGGCACUCAAGAAUCUGUGUGAUUCUGGCAUUGUUCAGGAACAUGGUUCCCAAGAUCACCCAAGUCUCUUUGUCGUCUCCUUCUCAUCCUUGUAUGAAGAAAACUCGAUGGAUUUAUGAUGUCUUGAGUUUCAGAGGCGAAGACACACGCAAGACCAUUUAUAUGCUGCUUUGCAUCAAAGAGGCUUUGCUGUCCUUAGGGAUGACCUAGACCUUGAUGGAGGAAAAGCCAUUUCGCUGGAACUCUAGAAAGAAAUAGAAGAAUCAAGGCUUUCAAUUAUCAUUUUCUCUAAAGGAUUUUCUUCUUCAAUUUGGUGCUUAGAUGAAGUUGUAAAGAUUCUCGAGUGCAUGUGGAUCCAUCUGAGGUUAGGAAACAGACAAGGAAAUCUCAAGAAGCAUUUGAUAAACAUGAAGAUGCUUCCAGGAACAACAGAGAAAAGGUGCAUAAAUGGAGGGCUGUAUUGUUUGAAACCGCCAGUGUCUAAGGACUUGAUCUGAAAGACCAGUGAGAAUUGAUCCUCAUAUUUGAAUGGACAAUUUCAUUUUUCCAUUGAACGCAGGGUCCAUUUUUAUUUACACUCGAGCUCAGUCUCGAGGAAUGGGGGCCUGCAGAAUGUUUGGAUGAGCCUGAUGCAAGUUGAACUGCAAUAAGACAGGAAGCAUCUUCGAAGAUGACCCUAUUACCUUCAUUUCUAGGACAAGGGUCUGUUCGCAUGAGUUUUCCAUCUAACUCUUUCUCAGGUUUAUGCUCUGUGACGAAUUAGAUUCAAGGAACUGCAAUAUAGAGGAAGAAUCAAUUUCCAGUGAUCUCGGUUGCCUAUCUUCAUUAAGACUAUUAAAUCCGAGUGGCAACAACUUUCCUACACUACAUGCAAGUUUCCGUGGAGUUUCCAAGCUUGAACGUCUCUAUAUGGACAAUCGCAAGAGACUUGAGGUCUCUGACUAAAACAGAAGGGAUAUAGUUUUUUAUCCGACAGUUGAAACCAAGCGAUAAGCAUGCACAUCUAAGUUGGAACAGGACACCAGUCUGACGUCCAUAGCCAUUAGUAGGUGUCUUCCACAAGCGACAAGCAAGCUCAGGAGGAGGAAUCCGAAGAAAGAAUCAUGGACCUGUAAAUCUGCUUGCGUGCAACUGGUGCUUGCCAAUUGUCAAUUGCAGCCCGAAGACGAGGAAUAGUCCAUGAGUUGUCACUGUCAUUGAGGUCAUCAAGGGAGGUUCUUUUGUCACUAUCAUUGAGGUCACAAGUUGUUAGUAAUCUUGGCUUCAAUCGGUACUUUCCAAUAUAGCGGCUAAA